GCUGUGACUGGGGGUGGAGCCGUUUCCGGGCGAGUCGCCCCGCCCCCACGUGGGGCCUGGGAGUCUAGAGCGCGCGAGAGCGGUGGCGAGAGCAGUGGCGAGAGUGGCAGCUCCGAGACCUAAGGAGGCCGAGCAGCAGACAUCUCAGCAGCCCCGUGCUCUCGCUGCCCGCCAUGCAGCCCCAGUCAGCUCUGCACAGCGGCUACUUCCACCCCUUGCUUCGGACCUGGCAGGCAGCCAGCACCACCCUCAAUGCCUCCCAUCUUAUCUACCCCAUCUUCGUCACGGAUGUUCCUGAUGAUGUACAGCCCAUCGCCAGCCUCCCAGGAGUGGCCAGGUAUGGUGUGAACCGGCUAGAAGAGAUGCUGAAGCCCCUAGUGGAAGAGGGCCUACGCUGUGUCCUGGUGUUCGGUGUCCCCAGCAAAGUUCCCAAGGAUGAGCGGGGCUCUGCAGCCGACUCCGAGGACUCCCCAGCCAUUGAGGCGAUCCGUCUGUUGCGCAAGACCUUCCCCAGCCUCCUGGUGGCCUGUGAUGUCUGCCUGUGCCCCUACACCUCCCAUGGUCACUGCGGGCUCCUGAACAAGAAUGGGGUAUUGCAGGCUGAGGAGAGCCGCCAGCGGCUGGCAGAGGUGGCACUGGCCUAUGCCAAGGCAGGAUGUCAGGUGGUAGCCCCAUCGGACAUGAUGGAUGGACGGGUGGAAGCUAUCAAGGAGGCUCUGAUGGCGCAUGGACUUGGCAACAGGGUAUCGGUGAUGAGCUACAGUGCCAAAUUUGCUUCCUGUUUCUAUGGACCUUUCCGGGAUGCAGCUCAGUCAAGCCCAGCUUUUGGAGACCGCCGCUGCUACCAGCUGCCACCAGGAGCACGAGGCCUGGCCCUCCGAGCGGUGGACCGGGACGUACGGGAAGGAGCCGACGUGCUCAUGGUGAAGCCAGGAAUGCCCUAUCUGGACAUUGUGCGGGAGGUGAAGGACAAGCAUCCUGAGCUCCCUCUCGCUGUGUACCACGUUUCUGGAGAGUUUGCCAUGCUGUGGCAUGGAGCCCGGGCCAGGGCAUUUGAUCUCAAGGCUGCUGUACUAGAGGCCAUGACUGCCUUCCGCAGAGCAGGUGCAGACAUCAUCAUCACCUACUACACACCUCAGCUGCUGCAGUGGCUGAAGGAGGAGUGACAGAGAGAGUUUUGGCUAAGACCCAAAAGCUAGGACUUCAAAAAGGUCCCAGGGCCUUGGAGAAGUGAAAACCAAAGUAAACGCUGCUUUCGAACUGUG